GAAUAUUUUAACCUAACCUAAAAACACAAAAACGUAUGGCAACGAUUGCAGAGGGAAGAUUUGAAGACAUUAUUAAAGGUCAGACGUACAAGAAAUUCAUGAACCAAAGAUCGAAAAGACUCGACUUGUAGAAAGAAAUGAGUACGGAAAAUACUUACGAGUCCUCGGAGAACGUGAUCACAGUGGGCAUGCACGUGAUAGUCAAGAAACAGGAUUUCAGCAAGGUGUACAAGGUGACCGAAGAUGGUAUUUUAAUGUUAGGAAAAAAUCAGAAGGUGGAGAUGUGCGAGAUCGUUGGUAAACCAUUCUGGAGUACCUUCGAGAUGGUGCCAGUGCGAGGCAGCAAGGAUACCUUCACCCUAAAACACGUCGAACGAGCGGAGUCAUGGGACGAUUUGAAGGGCGAGUUGAGUGGUUGGGAUAAUCGCUUCAUCACGGACGAUGGCAUGUCCCAGCAAUUGUCGAAGAAGGAAAUCUUGCAACUACGAGAUGCUGGCAAGAGUGGUAAAGAAAUAACUGGCAGCCUCAUCGAGAAUAGCAAAUCUUUUGCUGCCAAGACGGAGUAUUCGCAAGAAAAAUACAUCAAGAAAAAGGAGCGCAAGUAUUCUAGAUUUUUGACAAUAUGCAGGACGUCUAUAGUAUCGCUGCACGAAGUGUACUUCAAGCAGAAACACGAGAAAAUCGGAGGAUUGAGAAUGGAUGCUCUGGCGCAGAUGUUAUCUUAUAGCGAUGUGCAGUCGGAUGGCUUGCACAUGUUGUACGACAGUGGAUGCCAAGGAUUGCCUGCUGCGGCUAUGUUAAAUAGAAUAGGUGCAAAUACCAAUGGUUACCUGAUCAAUCUACAUCCUGGAAACAUGCCUCAAAUUGCCUUUGUUCAGGCUAUGAAUUUUCCACAGGAAUUGAGAGAUAGGCACAUUGCAGCAAAUAUUUAUAGUUUCUUGAGAUUACAUUAUCAAGGUGAAGAAAAUAUAUUAAACAGUAUUUCCAAUACAUCUAAGGAGACUGUUAAUAAUGUUGUAAAGUCACAAGAUACAGAAAAGCUAAUGGAAAAUCCUGAAAAAGAAAUUAAAAAUAAUGAAGUAUCAGAUAAUACAGAAGCAGAAGUGAAAACUGAUGCAAAAGAAGAUGGUAUGCUUUUUGCUUGUGAUAUCGAGGAAAAUACUAGUACCUUGAAACGAAAACUUGAAUCUGAAGAAUCUGAAACAGAAACGACACCUCCGAAAAAACCGAAAUGGUUUUUGGAAACGAAACGCGCUGUAGAUUUAUUAAACAGUUCAAAGGCUCGUGGUUUAACUAUCGUAGCAAAGGAGCAUCCCUUAAAUAUUGCGACUGCGCUACUACCCUUCUUGGGAGCUUCGCGGCCGUUCGUCAUUUUUCAUGCAUAUCGGGAACCCCUUCAGGAAACCUACAUGGAACUCAAACAAAAAUAUAGUGUAAUAAAUCUGAAGCUGUUUACAAAUUUUUUACGUUCGUAUCAAGUGUUGCCUGAUAGGACACAUCCCGAUAUCCUAACGAAUGACACUGGUGGUUAUAUUUUAACAGGAUAUUUAGUCCAGUAAUGGAAAUUUUUUAUAAAUUUUAUAUAAAAAAUUAACUUGAAUAUUGUUUAUAUAUUUGACUA